AUGUGGAUAGAGUUACUUAUUGGUUGGAUCCGUUCUUUAUUUAAUUUCAUUUAUAAUUUCUAUUUUAAUUUAAAUAUGACUGAUAAGGCGGUACAAGACGGUUCCGCAGGGGACCAGCCUCAAGAGAAGACUGCGAAACAAUUGGAGAAAGAAGCAAAAAAGGCUGCAAAGUUGGAAAAACUUAAAGCUAAGUUGGAUAAAAAGAGUGCUGCGCCAGCUGUGCAGAAAGAUAAACCAGAGAAAAAAGUUAAGGAAUUAAAAGAAGGUGCAGUAUACACUGCAGAAACUGCUCAGGGUGACAAGAAAGAUGUUACAAGUUCAAUGCCUGAUGCAUACAGCCCUCGGUAUGUCGAGGCAGCCUGGUACGCCUGGUGGGAGAAGCAAGGCUUCUUCAAACCAGAAUAUGGACGUAAGUCUAUCCUUGAACCAAACCCGAAAGGAAAGUUUGCAAUGGUAAUUCCACCACCUAACGUAACCGGUACACUUCACCUGGGACACGCUCUUACCAAUGCUGUACAGGAUUCUCUCACACGGUGGCAUCGAAUGAAUGGCAAGACGACCUUAUGGAACCCAGGCUGUGACCACGCAGGAAUCGCCACGCAGGUCGUGGUGGAGAAGAAAUUAUGGCGUGAAGAGAAGAAGACCAGACAUGAUCUCGGCAGAGAGGAGUUCAUCAAGAAAAUCUGGGAGUGGAAGGAACAAAAAGGCGUACGUAUCUACGAGCAGCUCCGAGCUCUCGGUUCGUCUUACGAUUGGUCCCGCGUCCGCUUCACAAUGGACCCGAUAAUGUGUAAAGCUGUCUACGAAGCUUUCAUCCGCCUCCACGACGCUGGCGACAUCUACCGCGCCAACAGACUCGUCAACUGGUCCUGCACGCUCAAGAGUGCCAUAUCAGAUAUUGAAGUAGAUAAAAUUGAACUGACUGGACGCACAUUGAUGAAUAUACCUGGAUAUCAGUCUAAGGUAGAGUUUGGUGUGCUAGUGUACUUCGCGUACAGAACGACUGACGGUAAGGACGAGAUAGUGGUGGCCACCACUCGAGUGGAGACCAUGCUCGCUGAUGCAGCCGUCGCCGUCAACCCUAAGGACGAGAGGUAUAAGGGCUUGGUUGGCAAGAAGCUGAAGCAUCCAUUCCUUGACAGAGAGAUUCCGGUCAUCACGGACGAAUCUGUCGACUUGGAAUUCGGAACCGGUGCGGUGAAGAUCUCGCCGGCACAUGACCAGAAUGACUACGAGAUUGCCAAGCGUCACGACUUGCCCUUCAUUACCAUAUUCACUGAUGACGGCAAUAUGGCGGCCAACUGUGGACAAUACUCGGGUUGGAAGCGUUACGACGUGCGUCGUAAGAUAGUGGAUGCCCUGUCCGAGCUGGGACUGUACAAGGAGACCAAGGAGCACGCCAUGGUGGUGCCGCUGUGCAGCCGCUCCAAGGACGUAGUCGAACCCAUGCUCAAGCCACAAUGGUACAUAAAAUGCGACAACAUGGCGGCUGAGGCCAUUAAAGCAGUAAAGACAGGAGAGUUAAAGAUUAUUCCGGACAUGUACGAGAAGACCUGGUACCACUGGAUGGAGAACAUCCGUGACUGGUGCAUCUCCAGGCAACUGUGGUGGGGGCACAGGAUACCCGCAUACAGAGUCACGUUAGCUGGGGCUGAGAGUAACGACGAGGAACUAUGGGUAUCAGCACACAGUGAAGCGGAGGCGUUGGAGAAGGCUGCAAAGAAAUACAAUGUCUCUGCUGAGAACAUCAAGCUAGCUCAGGAUGAAGACGUGCUGGAUACCUGGUUCUCGUCCGGACUGUUUACUUUCUCUAUUUUCGGGUGGCCAGAACAGACUGAAGAUCUGCAGGCGUUCUACCCUGGAUCCCUCUUGGAAACUGGUCACGACAUCUUGUUCUUCUGGGUCGCUCGCAUGGUGUUCUUCGGUCAACGCCUUCUUGGGAAACUGCCCUUCAAAGAAAUCUACCUCCACCCAAUGGUCCGUGAUGCCCACGGACGUAAGAUGUCCAAGUCUCUAGGCAACGUCAUCGACCCAAUGGACGUGGUGCACGGAGUGACGCUGGAACAGUUACACGAACAACUGGAGGACUCCAACCUCGACCCGCGCGAGGUGGAGAAGGCCAAGCAAGGACAGAAACAGGACUAUCCCAACGGGAUACCCGAGUGUGGGACUGAUGCACUUAGGUUUGCCUUAUGCGCGAUGACUCAAGGUCGUGACUUGAACCUGGACAUCCUGCGCGUGCAGGGGUACAGGUUCUUCUGCAACAAGCUGUGGAACGCCACCAAGUUCGCGCUACUGUACUUCCCCAAGGACACCGUGUAUGAGGUCCACACGCCAACGUUACCCAGCAACUUGUCCCCGAUGGACAAGUGGAUGCUAUCCCGUAUUGCGUUCGCAGUGAACAAAGUCAACGCCGGGUUCGAAGCGUAUGACUUCCCUACCGCUACUACACAUUGCUACAACCUCUGGCUGUAUGAUCUCUGUGAUGUUUACUUGGAAUACCUAAAGCCAGUAUUUGCGUCUGGCUCCGAGGAAGCUCAAGCUGCAGCGCGUCGCACCCUGUACACCGCACUGGAGUUGGGACUGAAGCUGCUGAGUCCGUUCAUGCCGUUCCUCACUGAGGAGUUGUACCAACGACUGCCCCGGAAGGACACCAGCUGUCCUUCCAUCUGUGUGGCUAGUUAUCCUACUGAUGCCGACACGCCGUGGAGGUCUGAAGAACUAGAAUCUAAUGUAGACACAGUGCUCAAAAUGGUGCAUUUAGUACGGUCUACUCGUUCUGAAUACAACUUGGCUAACAAACAAAAGACCACGGCCCAUCUCAUCAUUGCUGAGGACCUGCCGGUGGACACCCUGAAAGGACUGUUCAGGAGUUUACAGUCCUUGGCGUACAGUGAACUGUCCGAUGACGAGCCUCCUGUUGGAUGCUCUAUCCUUACCGUGUCUGAUAAGAUUGAAGUUCGACUUGUGUUGAAGGGCCUCAUCGACCCACAAAAGGAGAUCACAAAACUAGAAAAGAAGAAAGAUGCUCUGUCCCAAACCAUAACUAAGCUACAACAGGCAAUGGCAGCCGAGGACUACACGACAAAGGUCCCUGCAGAAGUACAAAAGACCAACUCAGAGAAACUAGCGCAAUCUCAGGGUGAAAUCGAAAGGCUACAGGCCGCUAUGGAGACCCUGAAACUCAUGUAG